AUGCUUGCUGCUGCUGUUUUCAUCCUGUCUUUGAUGACUUGUCAGCCUGGGGCAACUAUCCAGGAGAAGGUGAACCGGAGAGUAAGUCGGGCUGUUCAGAGUUCCACCUUGACAGCACUUAACUGCCAGCUGAGCGCCUGGUCAGAGUGGACAGAAUGCUUUCCAUGUCAGGACAAAAAGUACCGAUUCCGGAGCCUCCUGCAGCCAAACAAGUUUGGGGGAACCAUCUGCAGUGGUGAUGUCUGGGAUCAAGCCAGCUGUCAGAGUCCCACAGCUUGUCUAGAGCAAGCGCAGUGUGGACAGGAUUUCCAGUGUAAGGAGACAGGUCGCUGCCUGAAACGCCACCUCGUGUGUAACGGAGACAAGGAUUGCCUUGAUGGCUCUGACGAGGAUGACUGUGAAGAUGUCAGGGUCAUGGAAAGCGACUGCAGCCUGUAUGACCCCAUUCCAGGGUCAGAGAGUGCGGCCUUGGGGUACAAUAUCCUGACCCAGCAGGAAACUCAGAGCGUGUACGAUGCCAGGUAUUACGGGGGCCAGUGUGAGACAGUAUACAACGGGGAGUGGAGAGCGCUUCGCUAUGACCCUGCCUGUGAGCGUCUCUACUACGGAGAAGAUGAGAAGUACUUCCGGAAACCCUACAACUUCCUCAAGUACCACUUUGAAGCCCUGGCAGAUACUAGACUCUCCUCAGAGUUAUACAAUGAUGCAAAUGAACUUCUUUCUAAAGUGAAGAAUGACAGGUCUGUGUCGGCAGGAGUGGUUGUUGGUGUGGGCCCCGCAGGCAGCCCUGAAACAAGAGUGGAUGUGGGUUUAUCCGGGUCACGAGACUCUUCGUUCGUGAAUAAGUUAAACAAGUAUAAUAACAAGAAAUAUAACUUCAUGAGAAUUUCCACAAAGGUGCAGACUGCUCAUUUUAAGAUGAGGAGGGACAAUAUUGUGCUGGAUGAAAGCAUGCUGCAGUCAUUAAUGGAGCUUCCGGAGCAGUACAAUUACGGCAUGUAUUCCAAGUUCAUCAACGACUAUGGCACUCAUUACAUAACGUCUGGAUCAAUGGGUGGCGUUUAUGAAUACAUCCUGGUGCUUGACAAAGAAAAAAUGGAAUCGCUUGGCAUUACCAGCACAGAUAUCAAGAAAUGCUUCGGAGGCUUUGUGGGCAUUGACUAUGAUUACACAGACAGCAUAAAAACUGAAGGACGUUUAUCAGCAGAACGUUGUGAAAAAACUGGAGGUGGCAAUACUAACAAAGACAGGCUGGCCAUGGCUGUGGAAGACAUCAUUUCUCGAGUGCGAGGUGGCAAUUCUGGCUGGGGCGGUGGCUUGACUCAAAACGGGAGCACCAUUACGUAUCGUUCCUGGGGGAGGUCAUUAAAGUAUAAUCCUGUUGUUAUUGAUUUUGAGAUGCAGCCCAUCUACGAAGUGCUGCGACAUACAAACCUGGGGCCCCUGGAGGCCAAGCGCCAGAACCUGCGCCGGGCCUUGGACCAGUACCUGAUGGAAUUCAAUGCCUGCCGCUGUGGACCCUGCUUCAACAAUGGGGAGCCCAUCCUCAAGGGCACCAGCUGUGAGUGCCAGUGCCCACUGGGUCGCCGGGGCCUUGCCUGUGAGCAAAUGGAGCAGAAGGGAGCCAAGGCGGAUGGUCGCUGGAGCUGCUGGAGCUCCUGGUCUGCUUGCAGAGCGGGCACCCAGGAAAGGAGGAGAGAGUGCAAUAACCCUGCACCCCAGAAUGGAGGCAACUCCUGUCCAGGGUGGAAAGUGCAGACCCAGGCUUGCUGA